CCCUCCUCCCGACUCCUUGUUCUACUCGCGCCCGGCGCCGCUAAGUUUUUUCGUUCGGGACCGCGCACGGAGCCGGGGCCGGGCCGGAGCGGCGUCCCCGCUGCCCCGUCCCCGCGCGCAGACCCCGGGCCCGGCCCCGGCUCCACCGAACCAUGCUGUGCGGACGCUGGAGGAGCUGCCGCCGCCCGCCCGAGGAACCCCCGGUCCCGGUCCAGAUCGCAGCGACAGCCACGCUCGCGCACUCGCCGGCGCCUGCGGAUGGCGGUACCAAGAGGCCCGGGUUGCGGGCGCUGAAGAAGAUGGGCCUGACAGAGGACGAGGACGUGCGUGCCAUGCUGCGGGGCUCCCGGCUCCGCAAGAUCCGCUCGCGCACGUGGCACCAGGAGCGGCUGUACCGACUGCAGGAGGACGGCCUGAGCGUAUGGUUCCAGCGGCGCAUCCCUCGCGCACCAUCUCAGCACAUCUUCUUCCUGCAGCACAUCGAGGACGUCCGCGAGGGCCACCAGUCCGAGGGCCUGCGGCGCUAUGGGGGAGCCUUCCCGCCAGCACGCUGCCUCACCAUCGCCUUCAAAGGCCGCCGCAAGAACCUGGACCUCGCAGCGCCUACGGCUGAAGAGGCUCAGCGCUGGGUGCGCGGCCUGGCCAAGCUACGGGCGCGCCUUGAUGCCAUGAGCCAGCGUGAACGGCUGGACCAUUGGAUCCACUCUUAUCUGCACCGGGCAGACUCCAACCAGGACAGUAAGAUGAGCUUCAAGGAGAUGAAGAGUCUGCUCAGAAUGGUCAAUGUGGACAUGAAUGACAUGUAUGCCUACCGCCUCUUCAAGGCCUGUGACCGGUCCAACAACGAGCGGCUGGAGGGUGCUGAGAUCGAGGAGUUCCUGCGGCAGCUGCUGAAGCGCCCUGAGCUGGAGGAGAUCUUUCACCGGUACUCUGGAGAGGACCGUGUGCUGAGCGCCCCUGAGCUCCUGGAGUUCCUGCAGGACCAGGGCGAGGACGGCGCUACGCUGGGCUGUGCCCAGCAGCUCAUCCAGACCUACGAGCUCAAUGAGACAGCCAAGCAGCAUGAACUGAUGACACUGGAUGGCUUCAUGAUGUACCUGCUGUCACCUGAUGGGGCUGCCCUGGACACAACACACACGUGUGUGUUCCAGGACAUGAGCCAGCCCCUCGCCCACUACUUCAUCUCCUCUUCCCACAACACCUACCUGACUGACUCACAGAUUGGGGGGCCCAGCAGCACCGAGGCCUACGUCAGGGCCUUUGCCCAGGGGUGCCGCUGCGUGGAGCUGGACUGCUGGGAGGGGCCUGGGGGGGAGCCCAUCAUCUACCAUGGCCACACCCUCACCUCCAAGAUUCUUUUCCGGGAUGUGGUCCAAGCUAUACAUGACCACGCCUUCACGCUGUCCCCAUACCCUGUCAUUCUGUCCCUGGAGAACCACUGUGGACUGGAGCAGCAGGCUGUCAUGGCUCGCCACCUCCGCACCAUCCUGGGAGACAUGCUGGUGACACAGGCGCUGGCAUCUCAGAACCCCGAGGACCUGCCAUCCCCAGAGCAGCUGAAGGGCCGGGUCCUGGUGAAGGGGAAGAAGUUGCCAGCUAUUCGGGGCGAGGAUGGCCGGACUUUAUCAGACAGGGAAGAGGAGGAAGAAGAUGACAAGGAAGAAGAGGAGGGAGAGGCUUCAGAGCAGAGGCGGCUGGCCAAGCAGAUCUCUCCAGAGCUGUCAGCCCUAGUUGUGUACUGUUGUGCCACACGCCUGCGGACCCUGUGCCCUGUCCCUGCCCAGCCCUGCCAGGUCAGCUCCCUCAGUGAACGCAAGGCCACGAAACUCAUUCGGGAGGCAGGCAACAGCUUCGUCAGGCACAAUGCCCGCCAGCUGACCCGUGUAUACCCCCUGGGCCUACGGAUGAACUCGGCCAACUACAGCCCCCAAGAGAUGUGGAACUCAGGUUGUCAGUUGGUGGCCCUAAACUUCCAGACGCCAGGCUACGAGAUGGACCUCAAUGCCGGGCGCUUCCUCAUCAAUGGGCAGUGUGGCUACGUCCUGAAACCUGCCUGCCUAAGGCAGCUGGAUACCACCUUUGACCCUGAGUGCCCUGGACCCCCUAGAACUACUCUUACCAUCCAGGUGCUGACUGCACAGCAGCUGCCCAAGCUGAACGCAGAGAAGCCACACUCCAUUGUGGACCCCCUGGUUCGUGUUGAGAUCCAUGGGGUGCCUGCAGACUGUGCCCGGAAAGAGACUAACUAUGUGCUCAACAAUGGUUUCAACCCCUGCUGGGGGCAGACCCUGCAGUUCCAGCUGAGAGCUCCGGAGCUGGUGCUGGUCCGGUUCGUGGUAGAAGAUUAUGACACCACCUCCCCCAAUGACUUUGUGGGCCAGUUUACACUGCCUCUUGAUAGCCUGAAGCAAGGGUACCGACACAUCCACCUGCUUUCCAAGGAUGGGGCCUCGCUGUCACCAGCCACACUUUUCGUCCACAUACGCAUCCAGAAUUCCUAAAGGCUCCACUGACCCAUCCUGGGGGGUGUCAAUCUAUAUCUCUUGUAGAGCCUUUACCUCCUCUGGAGUGGAGGGAUGAUGGGAGUACCAGCCCCCUCAGCUGGCCCACUGGGCCCACUCACCUGGUGCUGGGCUCACCUGGGUGACAAGGGCUUCCUGGGUCCUCCUGAACAACAGGAGUGACCUGUUCCUUGCAGAGCUGCUCAUAUGAUUUCAGUUGAGUUCCAGCCCUGGGGACCUGAGACAGCU